GUGAACAGUUUUGUUGGAGCAUUCCAUGACGCAGUUAUUCUCUACGCAAUAGCUCUCAACGAGAGUUUGGCGGCCAACGUGUCCAUCUCCAAUGGGUCGGAGAUAACCAGAAGGAUGUGGAACCGGACCUUUACUGGUAUCACUGGGACCGUGAGUAUUGAUGACAAUGGAGACAGAAAUGCUGAUUACUCGCUUUUGGAUAUGGAUCCUAAGACUUCUAUAUUCAAGGUUGUAGCCAACUAUUUUGGUAACAUUAAGAAGUAUCAACCAGUAGAUAACGUCAGUAUACACUGGGCUGGUGGCAGAAAUGAGGCGCCACCGGACACUCCAGAAUGUGGGUUUGACGGGUCCAAAUGUCCACCAGAAGAGCCAUUCCCUCUCUACGUGAUUGUGAUUAUCGUCCUUGGGGCAGUGAUCAUCGCUGUUCUCAUCAUCGCCUUCUUUGUGUACAGACAUAUUCGUCUGGAAGCAGAGCUGGCAGAAAUGAACUGGCGUGUUCGGUGGGAGGAUAUUCUGUUUGGAUCCCCAGGUAAAAACAAGAAGUUGGAACGACAAGGCAGUCGACUGAGUCUGAACAGAAAAGGUUCCUACAAUAGCUCGUGUUCAGGGGACACCAUCGCUGCACAUCUGAACGACGGCAACAGACAACUCUACACCAAAACCGGAUAUUACAAGGGCGCCAUUGUUGCAAUCAAGCCAGUCGACAGAGGAUGUGCUACAAUCCACAAACCACUCUUGCUGGAAAUCAAACGG